CAAACACGACACAACAUCACAAUGCUCCUACCAAUCUACACGCUAGCGGCUAUAGCGAAUAUAAUCGCGAAAUCGCACAACUAUAACAUUGACCAUGAGCUCAAUCCCUAUUUACGUGUCAAAAAAUCUAUAAGUGAUGUGAAAGUGAACGAAAUAGAACGUUUAUAUCCAGUGGAAAGUGAUCACAGUGAUGUCAAACAAAACAGGCAUUCUUCAAUAAAUAAGGAAAACCUGAAUCCCACUGUAAAUCACCAAGAUGAAUUGAAUGUUAAAGGACGAGAGAAAAGAAGCUAUUAUAUACCCAUUUUACGACCUAUUGAAGAUCUAAGAUCUAGUACCAGUAUACCGACGACAACUAAAGGUGUGUCCAGCACAAUUGAUGUAUUUGAUGAACCAACAACUACUACAACAGAUUCAUCAUACAGUGAUUACAAGGACGAUUAUGAAAAUGGAGGUAAUUUUAUUUACAAAAACCAACAAGUAGACACAUAUAAUAAUGAAACAGAUAAUUUUAACAAUGGACUCAAUAGCACGUCGAUAAAUAAUACACAAGCAUACUAUCCGCUCAGUCACACAUUUAUUCCUGGAUAUAAUAAACCAAAAGAUGUGUUUAAUUUCGAAAAGGGGCCAGUAUACACAAAUUCAACAGAAGCUAAAAUAAACGCUGAACAAGAAAAUGAAGAAGUUUUAAUUAAAGAGAACGGUAACAAUGAAGAAAACAAUGAACGAAUAAAGAGAAGCUAUUAUAUCGCAAGACAUAGUAGCAAACCAGGAAACGCCCAAGCUUACUAUCCACUCAGCCACACAUACAUACCAGGAUAUAAUACACAAGAAGACGUAUUCGACUUCGAUCAAGGUCAAGUUUUGCCAAACUCUAAAAACAAAACUAGCGACACACCGAAUAAAUCAAAAGAGAAAGAAGAUUCACUCAAAAAAGACGAUCGAACACAAGGAACAACAACAAAACGACCUACAACUAAACACAGCUUGGAUCGCAUGACACGGAGCCCUCAACGAAAAGCAAACCAGGAUUAUGAAGACUAUACUCAAUUACAUCCUAAAAAUAAAGGCCCACCUCAUAGAGGGUAUCAAAAUCCUACCAACUUAGACUACGACAACGGUGGUGAAUUCAUAGUGUAUCGUCCCAAACAUGUACACAGAGUAAAACCAAAGCAGGUAACCAGGCCAAAACCCACCACCACGCCGCACACAGGUAAGAAACCUAACCCUCAAACAAAAACACAACCUGAAGAUUCAGAUUCAAAAGAAUCUGAAGAAAAACCUGAUACGUAUUAUAAAAGGGGUAGUGGUCGUAGACAUGCAAACACUCGCUUAAAAAGAAGCUACUACAUGCCAACUUAUGAAUAUGAUCAAUACGGACGCAAACAAACACGCUACCGCCCACUAAGUCAUACAUACAUACCAGGAUAUAAUGAACAAGAAGACGUCUGGCGCUAUGAAGGAGGAAAGGUUUAUCCCUACCCAAGUAAUGGUGAAGGUGAUCUAGACAAUACUGAUAUACAAAGAGGACAAGGUAAUAAAAAGCACAAAAAUACUAACAAAGACGAGACACGCAACAAAAAACACAACUCGUCUAAAGACAAAACGGAUAAAAGUUUACUUGAUAAGAUUAUAAUUAAUCCAAUAAAAAAACUCUUCGGAUAUAGAAAAAAAAGGAGUACAAACAUAGAUAUUCCAAAUAACACAAUAAUAGUACAAAAAAGGAAUGGAGUAACAGACUUCUUGAAUAAUAUGGUGGAAAAAAUACAAAACUACACAAGGGGCGAUAAAGUUAUUAUUACUGAUGAAAAUAGCAUUCACAAUGGAAAAACUAACGAAAAUUAUUUAUCUUCUCUUCCAGAUCCUUAUGGAUAUGGUUACGAUGAUAAAGCAUAUCGAAACAAUCCAUACAACGAGAACCGUAACAAUUAUAACACACAAGAUAAUCGUUAUAAUAACGGAAUGUAUCAGACAUAUCAUCAAAACUACCCUACGAAUAGAGGACUAAAUGGUUACCAGUAUCCUAGUUAUAAUAACCAACGGGGCUACCAAAAAUAUUACUGACAAUAAAGAGAGAACGGAACAGAACGUAACAGAUGGAAUAGAAGAGAACGAGGAAACGGAGGACGAUAGGAUACUUAAAGGCACGUGUUUUAUGUGUAGAAGUGUUGGAUGCCCUUACAAUUAUACAAAAAUAGGUCCUAGUUGCGUUCGUAUUCGUUAAUUUAAACAAAUUUAAUUAUUUUUAAAUUAUAAAUUGUAAUCAUUAAAAAUAUUUAUCCAUCAAUAUCAAUAUAAUAAAGUAAUAUAAUUAAAACAUAUAUUGAUAAGUUUGUGAACCAAGAAUGAAUUCGAUUGACUUAAAAUAAAUUGUUAAUUGUAUUUUAAAGUUAAGUUUUAAAUUUUAUCAUUAAAAAUAAAUAAUUUUGCAUCGGCUUAAAUUUUCAUUUUAUGAUUGAUUUUUAACCAAAAUUUUUUGAUAUUCAACAACACAGUGCAAAACUGUGUUUACCCUUGGUAGGUAGUAAUUUUUAUUAUAUAUAUCUUUCUAAAUAAGACCGCCUGUUUCUAAUCAUUUAUGUAACCUGUUUUAUACAUGUAUAUUUAAGGUAACAAAGUGUAAAUAUCACCAGGACAUUAGCACAUUACAUGUCAUAAAAUAUGUCAGGCCAUAUUUAAAUUGUAUACCUUAUUUUUUUUAAUACUUAAAUUAUUUAAGUACAUUGAAAAAAAUAAACACUAAUAUUAUUUGUUAGUUUA